CACAACAUAAAAAAUAACACAACAAAAAAAGGUUAAAAAACACUUAAGUUACACUUAGAACCCACAAUAAGACACACCUUUUACAAUAUGGAUACUAACACAGAGGACACGGAGAAUACAAACGCUAAGACCACUGAUUUGGAUGAAAAUUUGGCAGUCGAAGUUACUCCGAUUAAGGAUACACCAUCAGCAACACAACAAGAAACUGCAACUGAAGAUGUGGAACAGGUGGAAGGCACUGAAGAAAUCGCACCACCGACGACGGAUAUGUUGACUGAUUCAGAUGUCCCUAAGAAUGCAGAAGAAGAACAAGAAGAAGAAGGAGAAGGCGAAGACGAAAACAGUGCCCAUAAAAUAUUAAAACCCAAACGUCGGUAUCAUUUAAAGGAUGCGCUGAAAGCUCGAUUCACAGUUGGAGACUCAAAAAGCGAAGUAAGAACCCCACUUGAUACAGAGUGCGACGAAGAAGACUUUGUGGAAGAAGAAACUCGGAACGAUGUUAGGACUGGCAGCUUGUCAAGGCAAGAUUCACGACACACCAAGUUAUUCGACAAGGACUAUGAUGAAAUCUUAGCCCAUGACGCUUUAGCAGACGAUGGAGAAGAAAUGUACAGCGAUAGUGAAUCAGAAGGUUCAAUUCAUUAUGAGAAACCAGCAGACACGGUCAAUUUGAAAAAACAAUUCUUAAUUAACUUUGAAGAGAUCCCUGAUAUAUCCGAGAUCUCCGAAGAGGAAGAUGAGACAGAUAUGAAAUUGAUGUCAAGGGCUGCAAGCUCCACGCGAGUUUCACAAUAUCCUGAUGAAGAUAAAGGCGACUUUGUAGAUCCUUUGACCGGAGAUGUAUUGACUUCAUCAUCAUCAGAAAGCUGUAAGGAAAUUUCAGACCACGUUGUCGAGGAAGAGGAAGCGGAAGAUGAGGAUCAAGAUGAUUUAUUGGACGCUGAUAUUGAAGUAGCCCCUACAAUUCCCACUGAAGACGAAUACAAUUUAUUUAGCGAUUUCACACAAAGUCUAUUGGAGCCAACCGAAGAAAAGAAACUAGAAAACUUAGCGUUCAGACAUGAGCACGAGCUGCGAGUUGUAGUAUAUCAACUGGUAGCCCAACUUAUUGAACACGUUGUUCAAAGAUCCGAAUUAGUUGAGCCCCAAAAUCGUCUGCGUCGUAGUCUGGAUAAAGAAAAGCUUAUAUAUCAACUAAGCCGGGUGGUAGAGCGCUAUAUUGUUGAAAAACAUAUCAAUAUUGCUACUCUAUCCAAGAUUACCGAAUACUUAAAGAGAGUAAAAUCCACCCGUUCACUUAUGAAGCUACCGCCUGAUGUAGAAUACAUAGAAAAGCUCAGGUACAUAACUGCCUUGAAACGAAUGGACCACGCAAAAAAAAUAGCAGCAGCUGCCAAGAAGAACAACGCCUACCUUAAUUCCGCUACUCUAAUGGAUCUACAAUAUGUGCAAAAUAUAGCCAUGUCCACUGAAGUCGAUCUUGAAGUAGCGAUGCGAAACGGCAUCUUAAGAAAAGACUCCGAUUUCUUGAAGCGUAUGAUUAAUCGUGAAAUUAAGCUGAUGGCCGAUAUGCGCAACGAGAUAAGUGAUACACGUUUGUCUUUAAUCACAAGGAAGCACACGCUGGGACGUCUGGAUGAGCGCAUUGAACACUUUGAGCAAAUCACUGAAGAUCUCAGCAUGACCCAUUUUAUUAGCAUACAGAAUGAGGUUCAGGCCUUGGACAAAAAACUCGAAGAGCGAAACGCUGAUUUGAAGAAACUGCACUCAAACUAUCACAGGGAGCUCCACAUAUUGGCACACAACAAGGAAAAGACACUCUCAUUCCAAAACAAACUGGAGCUAAUUAGAGAUGAAUUGCAAAUCAAGAAGGCACGUCAACACGACUUACGGGACAAACUUUACAAACUGAAAUUGGAACGGGGAGUUAUUCGGAGAAAAUGCAACGAACUAACAUAUCAGGGCGGCCUACUGGCCAUGCCAACACUGAUGUUCGAUUAUGAUGCCACUAUUAAAAAAUUAAAAGAAAAGCGAGCUACCGUCCAGAAUCUCAGAGAUACAUUCAAAGACAUAUCCAAACGUGUGGGUACUGUGCGAACGACAAUAUAAAAUAAAGAAAUAACAGAAAAACACAAUUUUUUAACAUCAAA